GGUCAGUUACCUGAGAAACAUAGCUGGUAGCAGGACGAUCGGUGUUGUCGAUUGUUAACCUUAAGAAUUCUCUGUGACGGUGGUCCACAGCAACAAGACACGGAGAAGUAAAGGUGGCGGGAAAAAGUGCAUUGAUGAUGUCCAUCACUUAAAAAGUUUCGAAUUUAACGGCUUUUCCGGCACUCGAUUAUCAAAAUGCGUGAACAAACCAAAUACGAUGCAAUAUUUGCUGUUGAUUCUGUGUAUCAUGCACAUGAUAGUGAUUUCGAAAACCACCGAUGAAGGACGAGUAAAAGGAUUAGUACGAGACUGGGCGCCUCUAGUAUGGCUCGCACCUGGCGAACUCUUUUUACCCCUUGGGGUACCAGAAUUUCUUGACAAUAUGCAAUCCGACGAUGAUUAUCUUCAUACCAAAAUUGACGUAGAAAUAUUGUUGAGGAAUCGAUCGUCGUUUCUAUAUGGCCGAAAACCAGCAGGCACGGUACCGAUUUAUGCUGUGAUCAAGAAUUGUGCUAUUCCAGAUGUUUCUACAGAUGCGAUAAAGAUCAGGAAUGAAAGAAAUUUUCCAAGAAAAAGAGACGAAACAUUGAUAUCAUCGAAAAAUGUGCUGCAGAUCGACGAUUUUGGGUCGACUAUGAUCUUCACCAACGAUCUUGCGCAAAAGAUUUGGAAGACCGAUGUUAAACAGAAUCUAGAGAAACAUGGUGAUUUUGAAAAAAAAAAGAAAAAAGGAAACAGGUCCCAGAAGCUGCACUUUCACGUGACCUAUUGGAUGUUCUAUCCGUUCAGUGAGGGAAAGGCGGUCUGUGUUCUGGAUCUUGGAUUUUUUGGUAGCUGGCCGAUACCCACCGUGGGCGGGAUAUGCCUUGGAAUGUUUAAAGAAUAUGGUAACCACGUGGGCGAUUGGGAACACAUGAGUCUUUAUUUCAAGAAUACAAAUCAUCCAUCAACCAUGUACGUGUCCGCGCAUGAUGCAGGCGCGUUCUAUAGAUAUGAUUUACGAAGCGGUACAUUUGUUUAUGAGAGCCAAGAGACGCGGAAAGGAAUAUUUCAAAAACCUAUAUUUCCUGAAAAGGUUUUCACUGCCGAUGGCUCUCAUCCCAUAUUAUUUAGCGCACGAGGAUCGCAUGGACUUUGGACUGCGCCAGGGAAACACAAAUUCGUCAGAUUACCUCGUCUUUAUGACGAAAGUGGUUUUGGAAUCGCUUGGCCUACAUGGAAAAAAAUGGAAUUGCUUCUGAAAGAAGAGAACACUAUCUUACCCAGCUGGAUGACUUUUAGAGGCAAGUGGGGCAAUCCUAAAAGUAAUUGUCAUCCCUUAGCCAGAUUUGGUUUCAACAUUUGCGAAUUCGUUGAUGGUCCUACUGGUAUUCCUAUGAAACAGUCAAGUUUUCGAUGCUAACGAUAUUUCUUUAAUAAUUUUUUAACAUGUUCGCUGCUAUAAAAAAAUAUAAAUGUGCUGUAUGAAAAUUAUAAAUAUAUGUAUUUGCGUUGGAAAUUGAUAUUAUGCAUGCUAGUUAUUCACAAAAUAAAAUUAAUGACAAUAAUGAAUUUUUAAAAUAAUAAUAUGAUAAUAAUGUAAUACAUAGUAGCGAAUAUGUCGAAAUAUAUUUAUCUCAUCAAAAAAAUUGUAUAGUUUUAAUAAUUAAAAAGAAAUUUAUGAUUAAUAGAAUGCAUAUUACUAUGAAUAUAGAAUGAAGAAGUUAUAGUCUAUUCAAAAUUAAUUGAUUACUGUAGAUUAUUUUCUGUAUUAUCAAAAAUUUUAAUUAUUUUGAGACAUAUAUAUAAGAAUUUUUUUCUAAAUAUUUGGAAUAUCUUGAUCUGGAACAAUAAAUUAAUCUUGAAUAAACGACGACUUCAAUCUGUAAAAUAAAUAAUAAUGAAAUAACAGGGUUUAAUAUGAAAUGAUUGUUAGUAAAACACUUUCAUUGAAUUCGUUCAUUUUAAUAAUUCUAAUAUUAGCUUAGCAAGGAAUUAGAAAACAGCAUCGUUAUUUGUGAAACUUGCUUUUGAUUAGUAAUAUAUUCUUAUCGUUUAAAAUCUUUGCUCGAUGUAAAACGAUAAUAAAAUACAAUUUUAUCAUUAUAACGAAUAGACCGAUGAUAAAUAUUAAAAGAUGUAAUAGAUUUAUAUAUAUAUAUAUAUAUUAAUAUAUAUAUAAAUAUAUAUAUAUAUAAUGUAUAGGCAUUGCGUGAUACGUUUUCGUUUAAGAAGGAACAGUAGGCAAAUGCGGUAUUUAGCUGUAAUUAUACAUAUUUCGAUGUGUAUCCUUUAAAAAAUGGCUGAUUAAAGGAACACUUUAUUUCUUGCGUCGAAAUUGUUAUAAUAAUCUCGAUUCAAGAGAAAAAAGAAGUCUUGCGAUUGUGAUAUAGGCCUGUGCAAUUAGAUCAAUUGCAAUAAAUUCGAAGAGAA